AAAAAAACAAUUUAAAAGCUGAAUAAACGUACAUUUUUUAUACUUUUUGUUUAUUUUAUUCAAGCCAGACCCUCAUCGUUAUGAAAAGCAGAAUAAGAUUUCUUAUUUGAAUUAAAUACUGGUAUGUUUUUCAUGUGUUACUGAGCAGUUUUAGAGCCACUUGUUGGUAGUGACUUAAUUUGGAAGCACUUGUGCGUCGUAUGAGCAAACCGUUACAGAAAUAUUUCAUUCAAGUAGUGUAUUUGUAAAUUUCACUUGUCGGAUUAACAUGUGUACAGAUAUGCAAACAGUGUAAUUUUUUAAUAACUUUACAAACGAGUGCUAAUUUAUACAAUCAAAAUGCGCAUUUUACGUUCGCAGUAUUUGAAAUUGAAGGCAGAGCAGAGCCCUGACAACUCAACUACAACAAAAACAACAACUCUGACUGCGCUUCACGAUGAAAGGCAAAUUCGACAAACAAGAAUGACCUCGAAGGCCAUACGAGAUGUAAACUCGAUACAAACCGUUACUAAGGCUGCACAUACUACCGUAGAACGCGACUCUAUAAUUACUACAAGUAAUACGACAUCAGCAAUUUAUCGCCGUAAUUCAAGUUUAGCCUGUAAUGACACCUCAAAGUGUACUGCCGAGAUUUUACAAAAUGCUUUAUAUGCCGCUAAGCAUAAUCUCGGCGUUAAUUGUGCAGACAAUUCGCCCGGACAACUAACUUUACAAAAACGUCGUCAAACACUGGCAUGCGUUAAUGAUGAUUUUUUAAAAGAGCAGAUUUUGAAUGCUUUAAAAAUUAAAUUAAUUAAUACGCCGACCGACCAAUAUACACGCAUCAAUGUGGUAGUGAGAUUCUAUGAGGAAGGUACGAUGUGGUAUACACGAUUCUAUCGUAGUUAUCAGGAUGUAUUGUGGGUACAAAUACCGCGUGUUGGUCAAACCUUCAAAACAAAGUGGCAUUUCAAAUGUGAGGUUUGUCAGAAGAAACUAUGUUCUUUCAGCACGCUAAAAUCUCAUCUAAAUAUACAUAUGGGAUUCUUUCCAUAUCGUUGUGAAUAUUGCCCAAAGCAAUACCCUGCUAGAGGCUCUUUCACGCGUCAUGUGAAGCAAAAACAUUAAGGUGGGAUUUAACAACAUUGCUAUGAGGUGACAAAUCAUGUGGAUAGACAUAUGAUGUAAGACGACAAACCAUGAGCAUAGACAUGGUUUGGAAUCAGUGACGAAUAAAAAUACUUACCAGUGGACGAAUUUACUCAAAAGUGCUUUACAAACAAUAAUUGAAUUUUGGUUUUUACAGUUUAUAACUACAGCCAUUUAAUUUAGAGAAUAAGUUAACCCAGUGAAUAAUUUUUGACUUUUAUACAGUUUAUCUGUAUAAAUAUUUACUAAUGCAGAUUAUAGAACUUAAUUAUAUAAAAAUGAAGUUAUUUGUAAAGAA